AUGACAUCUUCAAUACUUUUAAAACAUAACAGCUCUCAUCACAAUAAAGCUAGAGGAAUCACAAAUUUAUCUUUUAGAAAUCGCUAUCUAUUAUUCAAUCCCGAUGAUCUAGUGAUCAGAGAUCUCGACACAAUACAACAGUUUGCUUUCAAUUCCUAUCGAGAGAUCUUCAAUCGAUCAAUGCAACUUCGAACCGAUACAAUAUUGACAAUCUACGAAGAAUUAUUUCCUAGGAAGUAUGAGGCGUAUUCCAAAAUAGAUGAGUCAUCUGAUUAUAAUUUAAUAUUAAAUGAUGAUAUGGUUAUACCGUCAACAGUGAAAUCAUUGAAUUUUGAUCAUUCAUAUUAUACCAACAUUGAACGAAUCAGUGGAUUAUCGAAUUCAAACAUUAAACAAAUAACACUAAGCAAUGACUAUAACAAACAAGUUCAACCUGGUGUAUUACCACAGACAUUGGAAUAUCUCAUGUUUCUAGAAGCUUUCAAUCAUCCAAUAAUCCCCGGGUCAUUACCUCCGAGCAUCAAGCAACUCUUUAUCUCUAAUGAGUUCACGCAUCCUUUGACACAACCGAUGCUACCUCGAUAUCUAGAGAUAUUGGAUAUCGAGAGCUUUGCAAAACCUCUCGUCCCUGGUGUAUUCCCGGAAUCGCUGACGGAACUCUCCAUUCGAUUAUCUGAGGAAUCCGAGGAUUCCGGAUACCUGCUCGUCCAAGGUGUACUGCCAAGCAAUCUAAAGUAUCUUAGUUUUCAGCAUUUGCGAUGUAAUGCCUCCGAUCUACCACCCUCUCUGACAUAUCUGCGAUUGAGUGACCAAUUUCAAAUGACAGUGGAAUGCAACUUGAAUCAUCUGACUGCAUUAACAACACUUCUCUACUUCCCGAUCGAAUGCUUAGAGUUGGGCAUACCAAAGAAUGUUACAACACUCAGUUUGACGAAAAAGUCAGCCGAUGGCAGUGGUGGCGAUGAAUUCCUUUUGAAGAGAGGUGUACUCCCCACAACCAUCACUGAUCUAAACUUUCUCUUUAUAAGAUCGUUGAGAAUCGAGGAAGGAUCGAUUCCAUCGAGCGUAAAGAAAUUGCAUCUCGGCAUGUAUUUCGAUCAACAGUUGAAACCAGGUUGUAUUUCAGAGGGCAUAGAGUAUCUUCAUUUAGGACAGAUCUUUAACUCCAAACUACAACCAGGUGACUUGCCCAACGGCAUUAAAACUCUGUUUCUCAGUGACUGCUUCAGUAGUGUACUUGUACCGGAUACCAUACCAAAUACCGUAGAGACAUUGCAUUUUGGCUACUACCUAGUUGCUCUACAACCAAAUACACUGCCAAGCUCACUACUCUCACUUUCAUUCUGGGAAUAUCGUCAUACUUUUACAUUUGGUGUGAUUCCGCCCAAUCUUAAGCGAUUGGUAGUCGGCUCAGUUAAAUACUCUUGUGAUUUCGAUAGCAACACCAUACCAUCAUCAAUUGAAUAUCUUAAAUUUAGAAACAUUUCUGGAACUCUCCAACCCGAUUAUAGUAACUUGAAUCCGAUGUUACAUCGUUAUGUAAAUAGUGAUGGUAAAGAUUAUUGA